ACUUAUUCAAACAGUGGGGAGCGAUGCGUCCGGGCACCAUUUAUUAAAACUUUAGCUACCGGUUUUGAAAAUAAUACGGCUACAUAAGUUUAAAAGUUGAAUUCGUACGAGUCCGGUAUUUUAGGUUUUGUGGCCUCUUUUGACUCGAGCCAGUGUAUAUUAUAUUGACCAAUACGCAGUUGCGAAGCAAAGAUAAAGGAAUAGUAGAUAACGUUCACUCCUGAUACACAUGUAAAUUACGUUACCCUUGUGUAAACCCACAAGGGUUCGUUUUAAGGUAAAGGCGUUCUAUCUAGUUAGGACGUGCAAAAUGUAAAGCCCAAAUAUAGCAACACCCCAACAACCAUAACUUCGGUCGAAGAAAAUCAACACUGUCCAUUGAAAGGUUAGCAAGCCAGCCACCUUGGUGAGACGCGAACACCACCAAGUGCGAGUCGGCGCGAGACAAGCAACGAUAGGUUCGCCAGAAGAGAAACGCAUAUCUUUUUUUUUUUUUAAACGUGUGGAAUGAACAUGGUCCACUUGAGUGAUUUUGUGCACGAACUUGCCCUGUGACCAUGGUCGAGUGGGACAGACUGCGGGUUGAGGGAAAGGAGUAAAGUCUCCCAACCUGCAAAACUCUACCAAUGAUGCCCAACACCACCAAUUGCUUCAUGAUGGGUCCGGCGCCCUCCCAGGGUCUGGUUCUCCAGGAGCGACACUUCCAGCAUGGCAACACACCCACCGUUGCGCGAAAGGCCUCCCAAAGAAAAGACUACACUCAAGAGAUACAAAGAGUGGAAUUGGACAGCAUCAUUCUCACAUGUCCUGAAACUUCAGACACGGACAAGAUGCUGCUCGGGGGGAGCGUGCAGAGACGGGUGCAGAGCAGGCGGAGGCAGGCCUGCGGUGUGGCGGUCAACGGAGCCCAGCCGGACGAGUACUUCCCAGUCUGCGGAAAGUGCAGCAGGCCCAGCGAGAACCACCUUGGCUGCCAGACCUGCGGAGGCCCCCUGGUCUGCAGCGGCCGCCUAAAGGAGCCCUGCCACCCGGCACUGGCCCGACCACCCAUACACCCGCCCACCCAGGGCCCGGGCUACUCGCAAUUCUUCCACUCCUACAGCCCCCCGCCCGCCGUCAGAGAGCCCCAGGCCAACGGCAACAGGGCCUGCCUUUUCUCCUCCAAUCCCCUGGGAGGGGGCGUGGCCAGCUGCAGCGCGCCCGCCGACAAGGCCUCCCGAAGCAGGAGGCAGCAGGGGACCAAAGUGCCGGAAGCAGCCGACACCAUUGUGCUCUCCAGUGAUGAGGAGGAUGACGAAGGUGUGGGCGUCGGCAGCAGGAUGGACAGCGUCUCGCCGUGCCCGGCCGACUCGGCCCACUCCUCACCGGUGCCCGCCGCCGGCCGAGUGGAGACGGCGAUGAAGGACGCCUCGGACUGGGGGGAUGUCACCAGCGACUACUUCACCGACAUCAACGCCCGCAACGCACUGCCCAGGAAGACGCGCAUGAAGGACCCGUCCGGGAACCACGUGCCGGAGAGCUGCAGCUUCAAGCGGAGAAAGGUGCUGCUGGUGAGCCCGGUGCACACCUGCGUGAGGAACCACGCGGUGAAGCAGGAGAGCAUAAUCCUGGACUGCCGGAGCGUGAGGCUGGGGACCCUGCGCCGCAUGGUGACCAAGCCCGUCACCUUUUCACAUGAAUGCUUCUACAUUGAAACUGAAGCUCCCAAAGAGGACGUUCUGGAGAAGGUGGAGCUGAGGGCGUCGGAGCUCACCAGCUGCGAGUGGUGCUGCGUCCGCAAGCUGCCCACCCUUUUCCUCCAGACCAGCCCCGCCGAGUGCCUGCGCCUCCGCACCCAGCUCAACAUGUCCCGCGACAACCAGGGCGUGUGGUACGACUGCAAGAGCGCAGAUCCAGACGAGACGCACAUCGUCCUGAUAUUUGAAAAGGGGCUGACCAUACAGGAAGAGGUCUUGCUGGAAGAAAUACUGAAAGAUAUCGGGAAGGCCAACAAACUUAAAGAGUUUCCUACCAGACUUCCCUUUCAAGAAGCCAACGCCAGACUUGUGCGCUACAAUAACAAGGCCAGAGAGAAGAAAACAGUUCAGAAGACUGUUGAAAAGGCCGCUCCUUCAAAAGACCAGCACUGCGUCCGUCCAUCCCCACCGCCCUGUCCUCCCUCCCCUGUGCCGCAGCCAGCCUCUGACCCCACCACGCGCACCUCCACACGCCCUCACGCCACCACUCACUGCUGCCUUGACGACCAAGACGAAGAAGAGGACCCUAGCGAUUUCCACACCACUUUCACCGGCCCGGUGGAAAAGAUAAUUGUGUACCCCCCAUCUCCAGCCAAAGGGGGAAUAGUUGUAACCAAUGAAGACCUCCACUGCCUCAACACAGGAGAAUUCGUCAACGACGUCAUCAUCGACUUUUAUUUAAAGUACUUAGUUUUGGAGAGGCUGAGAAAAGAAGAUGCCCGUAGGAUUCACGUGUUCAGUUCCUUCUUUUACAAACGACUGAACCAGAGAGAGAGGAAAAACGGCUCCGACUCCGGCCAUUUACCGAUGCAGAAGAAGAAGCACAACAGGGUGAAAACAUGGACCCGCCAUGUGGAUCUGUUCCAGAAAGACUUCGUUUUCGUUCCUAUUAACGAGUCGGCUCAUUGGUACCUGGCUGUUAUCUGCUUCCCUGGUCUGGACGGGCCCCGGUUCGAACCUAACCCCCUUUACCAGGCCCCGGGGCUUGUCCCAACCAGCUGCUCCCUGGCAGAGCAGCGGCUUAACGGGGCGGGAUGGCCCGAGGCUGCGGGCUAUUCGGAGCACCCCUACCCCUGCGUUCCUGCUCCCCACUGCCUCAGGGCGCCCUGCUUCAACCCCAUGGGCGGCUACGCUGAGCCGGCCAUGUCCUGGGACUGUACCAGGGAGGACAUGGUGCCUAUGGGCCACAUGGAUGGUUUGCACAGACUCGGAAUGUGUGAGAACAGAGUCAACGAUUCUUACCCGUUCCCCGAUGACCAAAGCUCGUGUGGGGACACCAGCAGUGAGGAGGGAAUUCUGGGCAUCGAUGGCCUGGACGAGUCCAGGAACACGGAAUGGACCUUACGACCCACCAUCUGUAAAAGGCCCUGUAUUCUCAUUAUGGACUCCUUGCGAGGACCUGGCAGGUCCACUGUGGUUAAGACGUUACGAGAGUACCUGGAGGUAGAGUGGGAAGUGAGGAAAGGGACCCACAGGAGUUUUGGGAAAGAGGUGAUGAGGGGCUCCAGCCCCCGGGUCCCACAGCAGGACAAUUUCAGUGACUGCGGGGUCUACGUCCUGCAGUACGUAGAGAGCUUUUUCGAGAACCCAAUCCCCAGUUUCCACCUGCCCAUGAACCUUAUGCAGUGGUUCCCACAGCAGCGGAUGAGGGGGAAGCGGGAGGAGGUGAAAGAGCUGAUCUUGCUGAUCCAGAGUCAGCAGCAAACGGACCCGCAGUGUCAGGGACCCUUCCUGAACACUGAUCUAGGAUCAGCAGCCAACUAUUCCACAGGCCCGUGGGGGCCCUGGGGACACUGAUCCCUGGCCUCGGCUGCACACACACUCACAGGGUCAGGGGGACUACAGGGAAAUCUCUGACUGAUCCGGGGGUCAGACGCCCGGUCUGCAGAACCCUGGACAUAGGCUAGCUAGACUUUUGCGUACGUGGUUGCGUUCCUGAGCCCGCCUGCGGCCCCGGUCCUUCCGGGCCGCCCGCAGACCCGCCUGUUGCCUACGAAGGUUGUUGGAUUCAUUUUGCUCUUUUGUUUCUUUGAAUAAAAAAAAAGGCAAUGUUCUGUUUCCUUCUUGUGACAAGGGAGAAUAUGUGAAGCUGUAGUUAAUAAAGUAUGUACAUAUGUUGGA